AUGCUCCACACAGACACGUUAUCCGUUGAUUAUUUCCAAUCCCUUGUGCCUUGUCUAGGCGUGAUUGGUAUUGGGACGAUUAUCUAUUCAUUCCGAUACCACCCGGGUACAUCUACUGAGGAUGCACUGUUUACUCUAUUUCCUAUUUUAGUCGAGGUAUCACAAAGGAUUGGCUGGACUAAGACACUUGGGCUCUUGAUCCCCAUUUCUUUCGGGAUUCUUGGUUUAACCUUACUUGCUUGGGUAUCAAUGAUUGCAUAUUUUCAACGAAAGUUAAUUUUGCAGUCCCAAGAGAACCCUGAGAUAGAGAAGACGCUGCUGGGACGACCCCUCCUUUACCCAUCACGACUUACCCACUCCCGUAUGUUUCCAGAGAAAUAUACUUACUGGAUCAACUACUUCCUUGUUGGCAUUCCUGUUGGGUUGCGCGGUCGUGUUGGGGCGGUUUUGUCCGUCGAUAGUGAUGAGUCGCAACAGAACUCCUCAGCCAUCAUCUCCUGGAUAUUCAAAAGGCUGCUUUGGUUCAGAGUUGACACGAAUUUGUAUCUCCAUGGAGGAGAUGGUCAUCUAGGUCUGGCCAAGAAACUUGGAAACUUUUUGAGAGAACAGGGUGAGGAUCCAGAUCAAUUCCCAUAUGCCUAUAUUGUGGGAAUUCCCAGGUUUCUCUGGUGGACGAAAAGUCCAAUUUCCUACUGGUAUCUCUACUCGCCCUCAAAGGAGCUGUGUGGUAUUAUCAUGGAGAUUAACAAUUCAUACGGUGAAAAAAAGAAUGCCUUUACCCGACUCUAUCCAGAAAAGUCUUCUGUUUUGGAAAAAGCGAAAGACUCCGAAACCAUCAGUGUUGUGUCGGGAAGAGGACCGGAAGGCACCCAGUCUACGCGGUUCAUGUCUUCCGCGCCUGGCGCCAAAUACUAUAAGGGCAGCUGGGACAAGGACAUUUUCGCCUCACCUUUUGAGAAAGUUGAAGGUUGGUUUUCUCUUCGAUUCGUUGACCCCCUUGACCCAUCACCUGCCAAGGGAGGUCCCUUGCACUCCAACAUGACGCUCAUGAGCCCCGCUGGUAAACCUAAAAUCUCCAGUCGCCUCUAUUCAUGUGCCCCGCCCCUUGACCCUCUAUUGGCGUCUUCUUGGGAGGUAGUGAUCUUCCUUCUAAGUUGGUCAUUCACUGUUCCACUCUCCAUUGGCCGAAUUGUGGUGGAGGCCCUUCGGAUUCGCUUCAGAGGCAAUUUACCAUAUCUGAACAAGCCAGAUGUGAAGCCAAACAAUAUUCCACGCAAGGCAUCGAAGACAGAGAAGACCUUGGAACCCUUCUUCCGACUUUACCUCUCCCGUCUGAUCGACGCAUGCCCGUUUCCCUUGACGGUGAUCUACAUACCUGCCAAAUCCAUGCAGAUUCCUCCCAUCACUAUGCAUUCUCUUAUUAAGACACUCACUUCGGCCCCACGGCCAACUCUGACGAUCCAACCUCUCACGCCAAAAUUCUACACAAACAUUCUAAAGUACACGUGUGCUGUCUCGGCGUUUGUGGCUGAAAUGCAAAGUGAACCGCAGAUCUGUGACCCUAUCUCUCAACGCCUGUGGGCAUCUGACCACGAGCUGUUCCAAAGUCUGAUCAAAAGCGCACAGCCUCCUCCUGUUUCAAAGAAAUCCCGAUCCGUAUCUGUACUCCCCUGGCAGCGGAGCACAGACAGAACCUUCAUGGACGAAUUUUCCGAAAAGAAUUUCUCCGUCGGAAUGUAUAGGAGAUACCGGGCUGCACGGAUACAUUGUAGUCUCACUGAAAGGUUUGCGUGGGGUUCAUACAAUGCAGCUGCGGUGUACGCUUUCUUCCUGCGGUUGGCGUUCAUGUGGGUUAUCCUUCGGGCAUUGGUAUGGAAUCUGUAUGGUUCUUCGGCAUUGGCCUUCAAGCACGUUAUGAUGGCGUCAGGGAUAGAGUUUUUGGGCGUUAGAUGGUGGACGAUUUUGAGUGACUGGUUUUUUCGGUAG